UUUCGGGGAAUUAGCCAGAUUAGCGAUUACUGAUCGAUCCGUCAGUGACUGAGCGAGAUCUAUAUAAUCCAGAUUUCUUAUCGCCAAAGUUUAGAUUUCUACCGAUCUUGGGUAAUACCAACUAACCAUGGUAAAUAUCUUGACUAUUACAGUACUUUCAAUUAAAUUUACAAUUCUUUAAAACUAUUUUUAAGAAGAAGUUUAGUUACUGCAGAAAAUUUAGAAUAUGUUAGAAUUUAAUUUUGGUUUAUUUGAGAUAUGAAAAGUUGUUUAUUAAAUAUUAAUAUAACUAAAAAGUAACUAUGGUAAAUAUUCAAGGUAUUUCUGAAUCCACCCUCUUUUAAUAUCUGCCAAAACUACCCUAUAUAUUUUUUUAAAAUCCCCUGACUCACGGAUUACUCAUCUUUAUCUACCUCAGAUGGGUGUUGUGUUGUCUUGUCAUGGUCACUGGAUCGUUUGGACUUCCCUCCGCCGCCAUGUGCAAUUUUCUAUUUAUGUGCCAAUUGAUCGGUGAAACAACAAGUAACAAUAGUCUAUGGGCAUUAUAAACGGGGCGAUAAGAUUAGAUUUAGUGUGAUGCCCGAAAGGCAAGGAAAGAUAAGGAUUGGCCAAGAAGGGAGGGACGGUGGUUCGAUGGAGUCGUCCACUUAAAUUGUAGCCGCUGGCAUUGCGCAUUUCCAGUCCAACCGUCGUGGGCGACUGAACCACCAAAUUAAGAAUAAAUAACAAAAGAAGAAACCCCGAAAUGAUGCAGCAGAGAUCCCUGAUUUUGGCCCUCAUUUGCCUGACCCUCGUGGGCGUCUGCCACGCCCGCGGACGCAUUAUGGGCGGCGAGGAGGCGGACCCCACGGCCACGCCCUACGCCGCCUCCCUGCGCGUGGACAACGCCCACGUGUGCGGCGGCUGCAUUCUCUCCGAGACCAAGAUCCUGACCACCGCCCACUGUGUCCAUCGCGAGGGAAAUCUCAUCGAUGCCAGUCGCCUUUCGUGCCGAGUGGGCAGCACCAAUCAGUAUGCCGGCGGCAGGAUUGUGACCGUGGAAUCCGUAACCGUUCAUCCCGACUACUAUCAGCUGACCAACAACCUGGCCGUGAUCACGCUGAGCAGCCCGCUGGUCUACACGGAUCGCAUCAAGGCCAUUGCGGUGGCCGACGCGGGAGAGGCGCUGCCCGCCGAGGGUUCGGAGGUCGCGGUGGCCGGCUGGGGUCGCACCGCCGAGGGCACCACGUCCUACAAGAUCCGUGAAAUGUCGCUGACGGUGGCCCAGGAGUCCGCCUGCCAGGAUGCCUACAGCGAGCACAGCGAGCAGAGCUUCUGCCUGGCCCACGAACUCAAGGAGGGCACCUGCCACGGCGACGGAGGCAGUGGCGCCGUCUACGGGGACAAGCUAAUUGGUUUGACCAACUUUGUGGUCGGCGCCUGUGGAUCCCGCUACCCCGAUGUCUUCGUGCGCCUCUCCAGCUUCAGCGAUUGGAUCCAGGAGCAGAUCGCUUAAGGAACCUAACCCCUGAGCACGUCCCUUAAAAAUUAAAAUACUUAGUUAUUUCCCAAAAAACCAAA